CGCGCCGGUUAAUAAACAACAAACGUAAGUGUGUCGACGGAGAGGCGAACAGGAGCCACUUUCAUCUGUAAUACACAAACUAAGUGGGUUUCUUUAUGAAAACUUUUUGUCGCAUAACUGACAGGCGACCAGCAUCAAUAUGCCGAGCAGCUGUCGGGAGUGUGGCUCCUCUAAUGUUGUGAGGGAUGAUCUGUAUUUAGAGUCUCAGUUGGUAUGUGAGGAUUGUGGGACUGUGUUGGAAGAGGGGCAGUUGACCACCACGCUGAGCGAAGAGGCCAAGAGCAGAUCUGUGCCGUAUCAUCGGUCCACGCAGGCGAACAAGACACCGUGCAGGAAUCUACUUGCAGGCUUCUCUCGUGUUCGUGCCUUGUGUCGUAUACUCCGCUUAUCCAGUAGCAUGGAAUCUGAAGUAGUGAAUCUCUUUGAGCGUGCGUACAAUCACCCAAACUUCCUCCACGCCACCUUGAUGACGAAGGAGAUCUUGGGAGGCUGCUGCAUACUGUUCGUGUGUAGGCAAUGCAACUGGCCUGUUGCUAUGGGGACCGUUAGCUACCUAUUGGGGAUGGACAGUCCUUCGAUGGGUCCGGUUUAUCAAGAACUUACAAAGAGUCUAAACAUUAAGACCUCGACCCAAAGCAUCACAGACCUGUUGGAAAGCUUCUGCUAUGAGUUCAAGCUGCGCCCUGAACAGGUGGAUGAGGUGUUAUCUGAAUCCCCCCAGCAGUUGGUGGACAGAACAUCUGCACUGAUUGAAGUAGCCGCAGAGGGCUGGAUAGUUACGGGUCGCCAUCCUCUUCCCCUCCUCAUGGCAGCGGUGUACGUGGCCUGGCAGUCUCUAAAUCCCAAGGCCCGCAUGAAAUACACGUUCAGUGUGUUCUGCCAGAUUGGAAAAGCGCCCGAACAGGCCUGGCGCAGAAGCAAAGAGACGGUCAUGAAACGGUUGAGCGAACUGCGGGAGGUGUUGUGCAAACUGGGCCGACAGCUGCCAUGGCUGAGGGGGACUACUGUGGAGCCCAACACAGUCGCCACGCUGGUGGAUGACAUCUUGAAGAACCACCAGAUGCUGCUUUUGAGGGCGGUUAGGAACUACGAAGAACAACUGAAGAAUGAGACAUUAAAGACUGAAAGUACACCCAGCCCUGGAACCACACACGACUGUUGCAAUGAACCUUCAGAAAAUCACACAGAUCCACCCAAGGUUACAGAUCCUGAUCAGGUUGAGAAUUCUCCUGAUAAAGAGACCUCAGACACAGAACUACCACCAAACCACUGGGGCAAAAGGCACUUGUUCUUACCUCCCUGUGUGAAGAAUUGCAAACGGCAGAGGGUGGACCAACCGCAGAUGGAAGUGACCGGAGACGAGGAAAUAUCCGACAGCGAGAUUGAAUCAUACAUUCGCUCGCAGGCUGAGAUUGACAUGUAUUUGAGGGCUCAGAAUGAGCUGGAGUAGGCGAAGCUGUAUUUCAAGUUAUAAUGUUUACCGAAACCUUGAUUGUUUUCUACUUUUCCUGACUCAUGGAUACGGCACUGAAUGCUUAUACAUAUUUUUUUUAUGAAUAAAAACAGUUCCUGGCAUAUGAUUCAGAAGAUAGUUUUUUUCUGGACUGUUUAUUAUUUUGAAUGAAUCUGUGAAUAAGAGGUUUAUAUUGUUUAUAAUGAAUAAUGAAUACAGCCAUUACAUUUCCUGUUAAAAUGUGUUUUCUUUGCCUUUUUAUGUGCUCCUUGUCCAUGAAUAUAUUGUUUAGCAUGCACUGCAAUAUCUUUUUUUGUUUAGGAUUUAAGAGAUGUAUUAUCAUAAUAAAUAAAUUAUAUACUGUUUAAAAUGUA